AUGAGGGGCAGGGGCCACCCCUCUCUGCUGCUGCUGUACCUGGGCUUGACCACCUGUCUGGACACCUCACCCAGCGGGGAGCAAGACCAAGAAAUCUUCUUGGACUCCCCCGAGGCUCAGAGCUUCCUGGACAACCAUCGCCGAGUUCGCCGAGCCAACCACUGGGACCUGGAGAUCUUCACGCCGGGGAACCUGGAGCGGGAGUGCCUGGAGGAGAAGUGCUCCUGGGAGGAGGCCCGGGAGUACUUUGAGGACAAUACUAAGACGGAGCGCUUUUGGGAGACAUAUAUCCACAAUGGCAAGGCAGGGCGUGUACGAGUGGACGUAGCAGGCCUGGUUGUGGGGCUGACAUCUGGCAUCCUGGUCAUUGUGCUGGCCGGCCUGGCAGCCUUUUGGUACCUACACUGGCGACAUGGCAGAAGCCAGCUACCCAGCCCUCAAGAGGCCGACCUCAUCAGCCCUUUGAGCCCCCUGAGCUUUGCGGGCUCGCCCACGCCCCUGCCGCCGCCACCCCAGCCGCCGGGCCUCCCCACCUACGAGCAGGCCUUAGCGGCCUCCGGGGUGCACGACGCACCUCCGCCGCCCUACACCAGCCUCCAGAGGCCUCGGUGA